AUGAGACGUACUACUAGAACUGAUCCAAAGAAGAGACACUCCAUGAUUGUGGAUACUUCUGGAAUUUCGUCGUUUGCUGGCUUUUCGUCAUUUUAUGGAUCAAAAACCAGUAACAGAUCGAUGGAAAACGUUACAACAGACAAGAAAAACGGUGCCACAGAGCGUGCAGAGCGUUCAGAGCGUGGGAAACGCAAAAACUCGAGCCUCAAACGCAGCACGGUGCUGUUGGACGACAACAUGGUCCGGGAAUACAAUUUGGCCGUGCAGACCCUGGCACACGAGCCUCUGGAUCUUCGUAGCUCACCACAACUGCGAAAGACACCGCAAAGGACCCACCAGAGCACGCUUUCGGCAUCGUCGAGCAUGUCGUCACUUUUCUCGCGCGAUAGUGCGAUGUCGGUGCAAGACCUGAUGUUCGAGGACUAUUCAUCGGUGAGCGAAUCGGUAGAGUGUAUGCAAAAGGGCUUUUUCACCGAACCACAAGGAAAUCAAGCUUUGAACCUGGACUUAGGUGGCUGGGACAACGACAACGACGAGGAUAUGACCCCUAGUCGAAGAACGCAACUGGACUUUUUUUGA